AUGGAGAAAAAGACAGCGAGUGGGCGUAAAAGAGGUUUCAUCUUCUUACAUGAGAAGUCACCUCCUGCAACUAUCUUUGCUUUUGUGAUAAGAUUGUGGUGCAUUUGCAGCAGACUGUGUUGUCCUUUCAUGCUGCUGCCAGUGCCUUGUGUUACAAGUCACACUGCCUUUGUCUUCUUCAAGGUCCCUCGUAAACUUGCCCAGAGGGUUAAGAAGUUUGUGAAGAGAAGAUGUGGAAAAACCUUGCAACCAAGAACGGAGGAGGAUGCCGUCAAAGAGGAGCACAUUGGUGUGGAAAAGGGGUUGUCUUUGAAGAGAAUGUUGCAAGAGAUGAGCAUAGAGUUCGGUUUUGGAAGCUUCUGGCGUCAUGAAGAUUCUUCUGACAUUCUAGAUGUCAAAUAG